GAACUCUUGGGGUCAAUCAAGAAAGAGAGACGAACAGGCUCUGGCCAAUCAGAACGCUCCUAAGACCCCUGCCGCUCGAGCCUUCAGCCAAUCAGACGACAAAGUGAAGAGUCAGAGAGGACAUCGACCAGGCAUAAAAUGUUUGACUUCCAUCCAUCCCUCCGAUCCACUCAGAACAGUCGACAUCACCCUUGGGUGCGGACUUUUUUUUACUUUGAUCUGGUUCUUGACGAACUCCUUUUUUAAUCCGUUGGCUUUCUUUCGGGCCCUGGUUUGGAUACGUUUUAAUAAAACCUAACUUUGAUUGUGCUGUUGCUGCUGCGUUGCUGAACUGUCUAGGCAACCUGUUACCCCACCGGAGACGGACUUACAGACCAGCAUCCACACACACACUCACGCGCACACACCAGACUAGAACAACAAAGUCGACUGUACAAAAGCAGAAAGAAAAAGAAGAGAGGAGUUUGUGCAGAACUGCCUGACAGCGUGUCAGGGGGCAUGGCAGCAUUAACAGGAGGCUUAACCAGGAUGAUGCGACCCACCCCACACCAGAACUACCCCCGCGGAGGGUACUCUCUAGAAGUCUCCACUCCGUUAGGACAAGGGAGAGUGAACCAGCUCGGCGGGGUCUUCAUAAACGGCCGACCCCUCCCGAACCACAUACGCCACAAAAUCGUGGAGAUGGCGCAUCACGGCAUCCGACCGUGCGUCAUCUCUCGCCAGCUCCGCGUGUCCCACGGCUGCGUCUCCAAGAUCCUGUGCCGGUACCAGGAGACGGGCUCCAUCCGACCGGCCAUCGGGGGCAGCAAGCCCAAGCAGACGUCGUCUCCAGACGUCGACAAGAAAAUCGAAGAUUAUAAAAGAGACAACCCCGGAAUGUUCAGCUGGGAAAUCAGAGACAAACUCCUGAAAGACGGCAUCUGCGACAGAAACACAGUUCCCUCCGUAAGCGCAAUCAGCCGCAUCAUGCGCUCCAAGUUCGGGGGAAUCUGUGAGGAUGAAGAGGACGAUGAUGAAAUCGAGAAGAGAGAGCUGGAGGAGAACGAGCGGCGCGCGAAACACAGUAUCGAUGGCAUCCUGGGAGACAGAUGUAAGUAACCACAUGUUUCAUUACCCCAGCCUUACCCGAACCGUUGCUCAGAUCUCAGUUGUUGAGAUUAUAGUGUGUGUUGUUUGUGGGCUACAGGUGACAUUUCAGCUGCCAUUUUUGGAGCUUGGUUACAGAUGUAAAUAUGCAGAUGUAACUUAUUUUGAAGCACUCUUCUUUUGAAAUCAUCCGAGGGAAUAAAUACAUUAAAUUAAUUUAAUAUAUGGAAGCAUUAAUUUAUUUGCGCACAAUUCGUUUAAAUAGCAUGGCAGAAUUAUUGAUCUUGUUUUAUUUUAUUAUAGUAUUGUUUUUAUUAUGUUAUUGUUUGUGUAAGGACAUGGAUAGUAAAUAAACACAGUAAAUAAACAAAGGUAGCAAGCUGCUUCUGCUGGCUUUUAUUAGUUUGGCUGUACAUUAACAGGUGUUGUUUGGAGAUUGUGUGAGUUGGAGGUUUUACGCACGGCUUAUAGAUACAUAGCAGGAGAGAUUUAAAUCCGGCCAAUAGGAGAAAGGCUUCCAUAAAGGUGACCAAACAUUUGUCUAACGGUUUCAUGCAUUUGAGCAACAGUUUUCAUACGCACAAUCAGACACUCAAGGAUGAACUUGGGAGACAAAACUAAGAGUCUAUUGAAACUCACACUUCGCUUUUACGCGCACAAAGACGCGCUCCAGUGAGCGGCUCAGUGGCGUACAAAAAGACGCCAAAGCUUUCAAAUGCGCAAAGAAAGGAAGAAAAAAUGCGUUGACAAAGGGCUUUGAGGAGACAUUAUGAACCCGCAAUGAGCGAUGAAUUAUUCAGGGACACCAAUGGGCUCCGACGGACCCGUUUUAUAGACUGCUCACUUAGAGAAAAUAGCUAGUUUUUACCUUGGAAGUUGUUCAUUUAGCGGCUUUUUCUAUUGUUUGGUCGUAGGAAUUGUGUCCUUUAGGAAACAAAUAUUAUUAGACCAGUAGUGAGCAUUCAGCCUGCGCCUGUUGAUUUACGACUUGUUGGUCUCAAGGAAUGUCAAGGGAUGGCAAUUAUCCAUCUGGAAAUAUAUAUGGGCCUUCAAUGACAUGAGGCUGUGUAAAAUAUCCAAUAGGCCUAUAUCUAAUAUCACAUGUAUUAAUAGUUGGCUUGAUGUGUGAUAGUUGGCUUGAUGAAUUAAUAUCGUUUAGCCUCUAAAUUAUUUUAAUCAGUUGAGGGCUAUUUGACAUGCGUUAAAAAUGUAUAUGGAAGGAUUUUUUUCAUUGUCUUGUCUCUGGCGAUAAGUAAGCAGAAUACGUUGUCCCACUUCAAUUUAAGACCAAUAUAGGCCCACUGCGCCCCGCCUCACACACAGUCACGAAUCCCGGCCUACAGGACCUCUAGCUUUACGCCUCUCCCGGCAGAGGUGCGCUUCCAAUUCAACCUGUCACUCUUGCUAAAUUAUCUUUUCCCCCGGUGAAUAUCUUGCUAAUAAUAGAUAUGUAAUAACACGGAAAAAUGCAUAAAAUAAAAUAAACAUAUUUGAUAUUAUAUUUUAUUUACUUAUUAAUCGUUCUUAUGUUUUAUACAAACAUUAUAACCUAAUGACCCAGUGUGUUUAGGUCGAAUAAUAGAAUGAAAAUAUUAGCUCCUUGGCUGUUGACACUUCAAAUGGUAAACCCACAGAGCCUCCCCAUUGAUAUACAGGAUGGCACUAUUUCAUUCUUGUGUCCCUCUGUGGAAGUAGUUGUUGUUUUUCCCUUUUAUGGCUCUUCAUUAUAAUGUGAAAAGAGUGUCUUGAGCACUAAAAAGAGUGUCUUCUGGCCAAAUAUUGAUUAAGUAGGUGUUUGCAGAGCCUAUUGUUGUGCAGGAGAAGGGGCCUGUUGCUCUCUGCCCCUUUCUCCUCUUCCGCCAUUGUUGCUCUGCUUAAGUGCUAAGAUCAAAGCUCACUCAUUUAGAUUUAUUUGUCUGGGAAAAUAGACUUUGUAAGCUAAGGUUUGUGGAAUAUAAAGUAAUACCGGGGCAGGGUAUGGGACUGCCUGUAUCUAAGGAGUGGAAAAAGGGAAUGGUUGGUGAAACUUGUUGACUGUAAGAGAAGCUGCUUGCUGGAAUGGAUCCAAUGCUAAUUGGGUUACACUGCUAUCUAAGAUGAACUCUUUAUUCCCAGGGGAUUUGUAAAACAGAGGGGAUGUAGGAAUAGGUGUAUUGUGUUGUAUAGAUAAAGAUAUUAGGUCAAUGAAGAUGGUUAGCGUGAGGUGUAGAAAAUAUUUGUAUAAUUUAAAAAAUAUAUAUUUUAUGCAGAGUAGUACAAAAGUAGUAGUGUCUUCUUUCAAUAUUAUCCUGGUCAAACUGUUUUGAGAUUGAAUAAACUCUGAGAAAUAACAUGAAUAAUACAGUCUUUCUUUAUUAUUAUUAUUAACAAUAAUAUCCGUAUUAUAGAGAAAAUAUUUAAAAGUUGUUUCUUGUGUAAAGAAAGAACCCCGAGCUAAGUGAAGUGAUAGUUAAAUAAACAGUAAAUAAUACCUCAUAACUCACAAGGUUACAGAGCUAAUAUAGGGUCAGUGCCUCUCUCCCAUUCAGCUCAUUAAAGUAACUAAAGUCGUGGAAGUGGGGUCCCCCACUCUAACAGGUUCCUUUAACAGGGGUGGGGAGGGAGAGGGAGAGAGAGGGAGAGAGGAAGAGAGGGAGAGAGAGAGAGAGAGAGAGAGAGAGAGAGAGAGAGAGAGAGAGAGAGAGAGAGAGAGAGAGAGAGAGAGAGAGAGAGAGAGAGAGAGAGAGAGAGAGAGAGAGCUCUGAAAUACAAACAGUCAAAAGGAUAAGUUCCCUUGAAAGGGAGUCCCGCGGUGCCAAAUUGAAUGGAGCCAGUCCUUUCAGAUGGCCAUGGUGAACGCAGUCAACAUGUAAUAAUUGGUUUCAUUGAGGUGCAUUCCGGCAAUCUGCUGCCCCUCUCCUGCCUCUAUUGUCCGGGAGCAGGCACAUAGCCAGGGGACAGGGGGAAUCAAGUGCUGACAAAACAUGAAAGAUUUAGCUGCUUUUGUCAAAAGAAACCGAGUAGAAACUUUGUUUGUGUAAAUAAAGUGGGUUACUGGCUCCCCGUGACUUUGGCGUGAAGUGGGAGAGUGUGUGCGUGCGUAUGGGUGUGUGUGUGUGUGUGUGUCCGGUUUUUCGUGUGUGCAUGAAAGAGUUAGAGAAGCGAAAUAUGCUUCUGUUGUUAUUGGUUGUGUGUGUGUGUGUGUGUGUGUGUGUGUGUGUGUGUGUGUGUGGGUUGGAGAAACUCUGGAUAACGAAUGCUGAGCAGAGUAUGCUAAGUCAGAAUUUGCCACGUCGGCGAACACUGAAACACAUUCACAUGAGUAAAGCGACGACGGCGACGGCCCUCCAUGUGUAGCCCUGCACUGCUGGGAUGUCUUAAACACUGCCACAGUCACAUCAGGGUAAACUGAUCUGUGUCUCCUCCUAUGCUGCAGGAGUAAGAACCGUUGAGCAAAAUAGUUGCCAGUUGACUUCUUGUGGAGUGGCCGAUCUUGUACACAGAUACGACGUGGACUUUGGGUUUGUACA